UCCGAGCACAAUGUUCGAGCCCGGCCUGGUUUAUGUCAUCACAGGCGGCUGUGGCUUCUUGGGCAGACACCUGUUACGAGUCCUGCUGGAGAAAGAAGAGAGACUGACGGAGGUCCGAGUGUUUGACAAACACGUAGACACAAGUUUAAUUAACCAAAGCACAGACCGGACAAAGGUGCUGGUCAUUCAGGGUGACAUCACAGACUACAGCAUUGUGUUGGAGGCGUGCCAUGGGGCCGACGCCGUCAUACACACAGCCAGCCUGGUGGACGUCUGGCACAGAGUCCCAGAUUCACUCAUAAACUCUGUUAACGUCACAGGCACGGAGAACGUGAUCAAUGCCUGUGUGGAGAAUGGCAUCCAGUAUCUGGUCUACACCAGCUCCAUGGAAGUGGUUGGUCCAAAUUCCAACAGAGACCCAUUCUUGAGGGGUGAUGAAGACACGCCGUACCUUGUCAAGCACACGAUGGCCUACCCCAGGAGCAAGACAAAGGCCGAGCAAAUGGCCCUCGCAGCAAAUGGCACCAAGGUAAAGGGUGGGAAAUGUUUGUACACCUGCGCCUUGAGGCCGACGGGGAUCUACGGUGAGGGCCACGUGCUGAUGAAGGACCUCUACAAUCUGUGUGCCCAAAGGGGGGGAGUGGUCAUAGAGGCGAUCCCACACACCACCGAACAUGGGCGUGUCUAUGCAGGCAACGUGGCUUGGAUGCACGUGCUGGCAGUUCGAGCCCUGCGCGAGCAUCCACUGACCGUCGGCGGCGAGGCCUACUUCUGCUACGACGAAUCGCCUUACAAGAGCUACGAGGACUUCAACAUGCAGUUCCUCUCCACCUUCAACUUUCGAAGAACCAGGGUCCCCAUGCUGUUCCUCUGGUUCCUGGCGUUCUUCAAUGACCUGCUCCGCUGGGUCCUGCGUCCCGUCUACAACUACACGCCGCUGCUGAAUCGCUACACGCUGGCCGUGGCCUGCACCUCCUUCACAGUGAGCACAGAUAAAGCCCUGCGGCACUUUCACUACCGGCCUCUGUACAGCUGGGACGAGUGUCGAACCCGCACACAGAAGUGGGUCGACACGUUCCCCCUGGACGCCCGCAAAGACGCCUGAUGAGUUGUCAGAUUCUGGAAAAAAUGUAUGAGAAGCUGCUACUGAGGCUCACGGGAAUGUUCAGCGCAGAUAAAGCAAAAAACAGUAAGUGCAGAAGUAGUUUACUAUAUAUAUAUAUAUAUAUAUAUAUUACAGAUUAUGAAUCCGUUUUGCACACUGUUUGUGCAGUUUGAUGCUUUUCAUUCUACCUCACUGAAAAGCAAGCAUGUUAAACGGUAUUAAUGUUCAGUCCAUGCUGAUUUAGCAACAUUUCUACAGAUGUAUAAGAAAUUUUGUUUUUGCAGUUCUCAUUUUUUCCUUUUGUGGACUUUUUAAAAUAAUUUUUCUGUCAUUUCUUUCAUCAAAACUGCAGUUAUUUUGCACUUGCAGCAUGCCUCUAUUUUAAACGUCCUCCUCCAGCUAUUAUUUAUGAAGCACUUUUUCAAACAGAAGUUCCAAAACAGUCCGUUAAGUGUCUUGUGAAAAAUAGAGGAGAGGCAGUAUUAUGGCAGUAAACGUAACAGUUUUUGUACAAGUACAUUAUCAGGUUCAAGAGACGUUUGUCACAUACGUACAUGCAGUGAAAUAUAAAACCUGAAUGGCUGUGAGCCUGUGCAAUAUAAAACACCACUUUAAAAAAAAACACUAUGAAACCGGUCUUUUUGAGGACUAGUUCUAAUCUAUGCAAAGUACAGUUGGAGAUGUUGGAAGAGUGGACAUAUCUGCUUUGAGGAUCCAAUGGCCUGAGGAUAGAAACUCCUUCAGAGUCUCAGUUUUGGCCACAUGACAGUGGAACCUCUUGUCUGAAUCCAGCAGGCUGAACAGGUCCAUUUGUGAGUUGGACGAGACCUUAAUAAGCUUUAUGGCGCUGAUCCUGCAGCGACUGAUGUAGAUGUCCUGAACAGAACGCAGAGCAGUUCCCAAACCAGGGUGAAAUGUUCAGACGAGAUCCUAAAGCCACCAUCUCACCUUUGCGACCUGGCCAUGUACGUGGUGAGACCAGGUCAGAUUCUCUGAGAUGUUCACUGCAUUGCUCCUCAUGUAUUUGAGGAGGCCCAGCACCACUGUGUCCUCUGCAAUCUUCAUGAACACAGUCAUGAAUGUAGUGGGACUAUAUGUAGUAGAGGACUUGGAACACAUCCUUGCGGAACUCCAGUGUUGAGAGCGAUUGAGUUGAAAACACAACUUCCCACACUUACCACUUAAAGUCCAGUCCCAGAUUCCCCAACUUAGUGUACAGUUUGUGUGGACUGGAGUCCACAAACAGUCUUGCAUAAUUCUCUUUCUCACUGUCUGCAUGAACGAGGGUGGAUGUGUAGGGCAUCAGAGGUGGCCACCUCAGAUGGCCUGUUUUGGUGGUAACUGGAGUGGUUCGAUAGAACUAGGGAUUCAGGAGCAGAUGUGGUCUUUAACAAGUCACUCAGACAACUUCUUCAGCCAUCAGAAGUGCAUCUGUUUGUGGUGAAAGUGAUGAGGUUGUAGAGACCUUCAUUUGCCUCGGCAGUGGCCUACGUGUCUCUGGGUUCUCAACCUUUGAGAAGCACCUGAGUGUCGGUGCUUUCUGUCUUAUGUUUGAGAGACUUGGAUGGUCAUGGUGACCUUAAGGUGGUGACUGGAUGUCUUUGGUACUAGGUCUCUUUGGAGGAUCCUUGGGUAUCGCUGGAAUGACUUGAUGUCAAAAGGUUACUUAAAGUGAUUAAGAUCAGGAGUAUCAUUUGUAUUGUGAGGGGGCAUCACCUUUGACAUUUUGGCCAUGCGGGGGGGAGCGUUUCUCUCUUGGUAUGAACCAGCACAGUGUUGUGGACCCCAGUGGCUGGGGAAGGCCAAGGGAACACCCGAGGUUCACCUGGCAGUAUCGGGUUACUUUUGAAAGUUGGGGACGGACUGGUUGUCUCUCUGGGUUGUUGCCAUCCAGGACCUGAUGUAGUUGUUGUGUGGUGGAUGCAGCGACACACAGUACCAGGGCAUGCUCCCAGACCCGACCUGAUCUUUGGAUUCAGUACUUUGACAUUCUGGGGAUCACAACACCAAAAUAUUAAUUUUAUUUAACUGUAUGGUUUUAUAUUUCUGUAUUAGAGAUGAUAUAAAAACAUGUAAGUACAACAUAUUUGACAGACAUUAAUAACUAAAUUACUGGAGAUGUUAGUAAUAUAUUAGGAAUACCAGCAAAACAUAAAUAUUGCUUUUUCUUUUCUAAUUUAAAUAAAACUUAUUUAAUAGACA